AAGCGUGACAAAGUGUGACAAGGGGGGGAGGGGGGGUUCAGAUCAGCGUGACGUACCGUUAGAUUUAUUUUUCUUUUAAUUUGUCCUAAACAACCAACCGCAAUGCCAAAAAGCUUGAAAUAGUAAGCAAUUCUAAAACGCAACCGUAGCCAACUCAAAAAUAGGUUUGUACAAACUUGAUUCUAAGUACACGGUUUAAGCGUGUGAAAUCAAUAUACACGAUUAUAGAAUUUUUGGAUUUUCAUGAGUUUCGUCAGAUUAUUAGUAUGCUUCAUUGAGAGUGUACUCAGUUGACAGCUACAAUUUUAAAUUUUCAACUGUUCUUUUGACGUGUGCGGCGCAAAUUGAGCGGAAGUUUUUUUUAACCAAGUGCAAAGAAAGACUUAAAAAUGGACCACAACGAAAUGUUUGGUGACCUUUUCAAGGCUUUCGUUAAAGCGUAUCCCGAGAAGAAGAAAUCUGCGUGCCAAGCAGAGGCGAUCCUCUUUUGGAACCAGCUCAAAACAUCUGAACCGAAGGACAAACUUCCGGAACUUGUAAGGUCAAAAAUUCAGCAGCUUGAAGCGCUGGCGCUUGGACGGCAGGGAGCUUUAAUGAAGUUCUGGGGGAAGGCUGCAAGCGCUGCUAGCCCAACUCCUACAGUAUCGCAGUCGAGGGCGUCUCCAUCGGAACAUGGAGCAUCCGGGUCCGGACAGUCGAGCCGAAAAGGCGAAGCAAAAAUAGCGCAGCCAAGUUCCGCGAGCUGUUUGAAGCGACCUGCGCCAGUCCAGCAGAAAAUCUCGGAAGAGCUGAACGAGGUUACAGCCCAAGUGCUGCGGAUGAAAGAGCGUGAAUCUGCGGGAUUGAUGACUGAAGGGGAAUUCAAGCAAUUGAAAUUAUUGACCGGCCAGAGAAAUAAGUUGGAAAAAGAGUUGAAAGCAAAAAUCAGCCAGCAGGAGAGGCAGAAAAAGCGACGAGUCGUUCAAAAGAGCGCCAAGGAAAGGCUUCUUGAAGAGAUUCCUGAAGCAGGUAAGUUAAAAAAAACUCGGUUUUUACACCUCUAAAAUAAAAUAUGUUUAUAUUCUCAGCCAAGUUCCUGUCAGUAAGAUCAAACAUCGGCCGUCCACGCCUGGAAGAGCAGCAAACAGAUUUAUUGAAGGCCAUCUGUGAUAUCGCGAUCUACGGUUCGGCGGCUCAGGACAAGCGACAGUUUGAAGCGAUUCGAAGUAUUCAUACAUUGGACGAACUCAAAGAUGCGCUGUUCCACCAAGGUUUCAAGCUGAGUAGAUCUGCAACCUACUUACGAUUGCUGCCACGUAGAUCGAACACUGCGGAAGGGGGACGUCACGUCAAUCCAGUUCCGGUCAAACUGCAAAAAGCCACUAACACCAAGCACCAUGAUCAUUCAGAUGGUCGAUUUUGCACGUCUACAAUUCGGUCUCUGGAAGAGCUCUCUUCACUGCUAGGACCGGAAGAGGUUGCAUUUCUAAGCCAGGACGACAAAGCGCGAGUUGUAAUCGGUUUAACAGCCGCAAACAAACAGUCCCCAUUCUUGAUGCACAUCGAAUACCGAGUUAAACUUCCAGACCACAACUGGGUCGUCGCACAGCGACACAAGCUUAUCCCAUCAGUCACCGCUGGAAUAAUUAUCAAGAAAAAUGGAUUGGGAAAGCCGGAGGCUGUUGGGUAUUCCGGUCCGACAUACGUUGGAAUCCGCUCCGGAAAGCACUCGUCGUCAACCGCGUAUUCUCAUGCACUGGAUUUCAAACGAUUGACCGAGCUGGAAGAAUUUGCGCCGAUCUUGCGUCAUGAUGGGAUCAUCAAACCCGUGGUUGUGAUUGUGGUGGAUGGUGGGCCUGACGAAAACCCGCGCUAUCGCAAGGUUAUUCAGGUCGCCAUCCACCACUUUCUUGAACAUAACCUUGAUGCCAUUUUCAUCGCGACUAACGCGCCGGGAAGAAGUGCCUUCAACCGGGUCGAAAGACGGAUGUCCCCGUUAAGCCGAGAGCUAGCAGGUCUACUCCUCCCUCACGAUCAUUAUAGAUCACAUCUAGACUCACAAAUGCGGACCACAGAUGAACAUUUGGAGCGGCAGAAUUUCAAGUUCGCAGGAAAAACGCUUGCGGAGGUUUGGGGUGGGCUGAUCAUUGAUGGAUAUCCGACGGUUGCUGAAUUUAUUGAGCCAGAAGCGUCAGAAGUUGACCCCGAAUCGCUGGAGUGUCGUGACCAAUGCUGGUUUUCGAACCACGUUCGAACCAGCCAAUACAUGCUCCAGAUUGUGAAGUGUGAUAAUAGAUCCUGCUGUUCGCCACUGCGAAGCUCUUUGUCGACGGUACUUCCUGGACGGUUUCUUCCUCCACCGAUUCCGCUUAUCCACUCGUCCGAUGGACUAAAAGCGGCAGGAAAGGAUGACCACCAACACUUUCCAUCUUUGUUUGUCGCCAUUUCACUCGACGUUUCGAAGAUCCUACCAAAAUCUUAUCUUGGGUUCAAGAAAAUCCCGUAUGAUCUGUUUUGCCCUUCUCAGACCAAUCUGGUCAACGAUCGGAUCUGUACGACCUGUGGACUGUACCAUGCGUCUCUAGUUAUGCUUAAGGAGCAUAAAAAAGAGCACAAAGUUACGGCAGCGACGAAGAAGAUUCGUCCCAAGCGUGUCGUGACCAGACGACGAAAUGAGCUAUUAGUGGCGACAGCGGACGGCGGUGAUCUUGACUGGCUGGAUAGUGAUACAGUUGAUCUCACUGGUAUCCCCAUGGAUUGGGCAGAAGGUGUUGAGAACUUAAACGAUUCACAUCCCAUAAUUGAUAUCGAAAAACAUCUGCUAAAUCCUUGGGGUGAAGAUUAGCAUUGCUAGAUUGAUUUGCGUUGACUGCUGAAACGAUGAUAUUAUAUUGUUAUAACAAUGAAAUAAAAACAACUUGAAAUAAGAUAACUUCGUUUUUUUAAAUAAGAUUUUUCUAUUGGCUGGGGGAGG